AUGGGUGCUUUGAUGGGCUCGGGAGUUGGUUUGACUGUCGGAUUCAUCUUUGGGUCGUAUUCGAUCCUUAGGCAAGUCGAUUUCUCCUUUGCAUGUCAGUCAGAAGGCUCAUAUGACGCUCCAAUCGUCCAAAAUCUCUAUAAACCGCCGAAUUUUCACGUUGUGACUCCAGACAAGUACAUGUUGAGCAGCGCUGCUACUCUUGGAUUCUUCCUUGCUAUUGGUAGCGUUAUUCGAAGCGACUCUCGACAGAUUGAAUGGCACAAGUCGAUAAUGGAACAAACUCAGCAGAGAAGACUUGCAGCUUCAUUUGCGACGAAUCCAGUCUAUAGAGCGACUCGGGCAGAGGCUCUGCAGCGUAUGAAGCGACGAUGGGAGGCAGAGAAGUUGAAAGAAUCCCAUUACCGUGCAAGCCCUGUAUGGAUCCCUCAUGAACCGGUCAUUGCCGGUGCAACUUUCAUGUCAACGCCAGCAGCGAUUAUUCCUCAGUUUCCCCCUGGCUCGCAAGCACAGAUAAUCCGAGCGAGCCAGAGGGAUACCCUAUUCAUUUCGCAGAUACGGGAGGACGCAGAAAACGUCCUGCGGAGUUGGUUUGGAACUCGAUGGCUUCGUAAAUGGACGACUGAAGUGGACCUGGCGAGUCAACUUCUAUAUCUAGGGAUAACUCAUGGGAGAGGACAGCAAAGUCUCGGUGAAGAAUACGUAGGCGUAUGGCAGAACUCGCUCCGGGGGACCAUAGGAUUCCCCUCUCGCACAAUUCGACUGCUCUCUAUUGUAUUGACAAUAUUUCCGGCGUACAUUCUUUCCAAGGCCCGCCAUCUGGACUCCCAUCUCUCACCAUUCGCGAAAGGCUUAGUGAAUGCCGGCCCGCACAUUCUGGCAUCUGCGUAUGCGCUCAACAUCUCACUCUUUUACAUCCGAGGAAAGUACCAUACCCUGACACAACGUCUACUUGGCACGGGAUACAUCACCACUAUCCCUCCGAAUCCCAACGUUCGCCCGCCAUCGUAUGCUCUUCUCGGCGUCCUUGUUCUCGCCAAGUUAGUGCAUCAAGUCUAUAAAUCUACCUCUAGUCUAUUCAAAGAGGCCGAAGAACGGAUCAAACUAAGCGAAAAGGCUCGCGGAAAGCUUCCAGAACGCAGCCCUCAGACACGGGCGUUGGAGCCUUCCAUGGGUGGAGAGAUUUAUUUAGACUAUACACCUGCCAAGGAAAUUCUGGCGAAACAACAAGCAGAAGAGGAUCUUGACACCGGUAAGUAA